AUGACUGAUCUGCAACAAGUGAAGCCGGGAGUGUGUCCUCUCAGACUGUUGGAUGACAGAAGGUGUGCUGAAUCUUGCUCUAAUGACAUUGACUGCCCUGAUAAUGAGAAGUGCUGCUUCAGUCGAUGUGGUCGUCAUUGCAUAGAGCCUUACAUGGGAAAGCCUGGAGUGUGUCCUCGCCCGCGCUUAAACUUUGGACAUUGUGCUGAAAUUUGCUCUAAAGACAGAGACUGCCCCAAUAAUGAGAAGUGCUGCUCCAACGGAUGUGGACAUGUGUGCAUGACUCCAUUGUCAGCAAAGCCAGGAGUGUGUCCUCGCUGGCGCUUAGACUUUGGACAUUGUGCUGAAAUUUGCUCUAAAGACAGAGACUGCCCCAAUAAUGAGAAGUGCUGCUCCAACGGAUGUGGACAUGAGUGCAUGGCUCCUGUCAUAGAAAACAUGACUCAUGUUCGUCACUUUGUGCUGAAAGGAAGCAGCGGCAUCAACCCUUACUAA